CCUUCUCUCCUCUGCCUAAGCCAGCCCUUCCCCUCUCAAGCUUUACUUCCUCUGGGAGCCUUCUCUGACGACCCAGCAUCCUUGCUCUGGGCCCCUUCUCUGAAUUCCCCUGCACAGCUGGGCAGAUUUCCUUCUGAGUGCUCCCUAGCAUGUCAGGCACUGUGCGUGGUUCCUGGGACUCAGGCGUGAGCAUGGCAGGACCCUGCUGUCCAGGAGGGGGACAGACACGCUGCUCUGGAAACUCCCGUGCAGGCCGAGGGAAGCAGCCCUGGCACCGGCUGGCCACACGCACCCCGGGCCAUGUCGGAACUCUGAGCCGGCGACGGGGAGCAACUGUCCACCACCGGCCAUCCCAACCCAGCUCCGAGAUGCUGAGCCUGAAGCUGCCCCGGCUGUUUAGCAUCGACCAGGUGCCCCAGGUGUUCCAUGAGCAGGGUAUCCUCUUUGGCUACCGACACCCACAGAGCUCCGCCACUGCCUGUGUCCUCAGCCUUUUCCAAAUGACCAAUGAGACCCUCAACAUCUGGACGCACUUGCUGCCCUUCUGGUUCUUCGUGUGGAGGUUUGUGACCGCCUUGUAUAUAACAGACAUCCAGAAUGACAGCUACUCCUGGCCUCUGUUUGUGUACAUGGGCACCAGCUGCGUGUACCCCCUUGUGUCCAGCUGUGCACACACCUUCAGCUCCAUGUCCAAGAACGCCCGGCACAUCUGUUACUUCCUGGACUACGGGGCCGUCAACCUCUUCAGCCUGGGCUCAGCGAUUGCGUACUCAGCCUAUUCCCUCCCGGACGUGAUGGUGUGCACCACCUUCCAUGACUACUACGUGCCCUUGGCCGUGAUGAACACCAUCCUCAGCACCGGCCUCUCCUGCUACUCCAGGUUUCUUGAGAUCCAGAAGCCUGGGCUCUGUAAGAUGCUUCGCAUCCUUGCUUUUGCUUAUCCCUACACCUGGGACUCCCUCCCCAUCUUCUACAGGCUGUUCCUGCUGCCUGGGGAGGGUGUACAGAAUGAAGCCAUCUUGAACCACCAGAAGCACAUGGCCAUGACCCUCCUGGCCUCUUUCUUCUACUCCGCACACCUGCCAGAGCGCCUGGCACCCGGUCGCUUCGACUACAUCGUGCUUUUUGUGGAACCCAGCUCACAUGAGAAGUUCUAGGGAAGGCAAGUUGGAGAACAGGACUGUCACAUGUGUUGGAUAAACCCUUUGUGUGGCUCUAUUGUGUCCCAAAUUUCUCUUGGCCAUGGCCAAACUAUAUGUUUCACUAUAUGAAACACCUAUUAACACUGUAUGAUUACGCUCUAUAACUAUUAGUUGAAUGCCAGCCUCUGAUUUUCUAGCCAACAAUCCAUCAUGGACAAAAAGGCAAAGACCCAUUUCUAAACUCAGAUGUUCUUCCAACUUACAGCAAUGUCUAGUUUUCUUAAAUUGUGUGGGAGAAAGAAAAUAAAAUUUAUUUGUUAUAAUAAAGUCCUAUUUCCCCCUUGAUUUGGUUAUGUUUCACCUAUCACACGGCAAACGUGUUUGUCGUAAGAAAAAGAUUGCUACACAUCUGUGCAUUGUUAAAUUAUUCUAUGGGUAUUUCUUUUGUCCUGAUACAUAUAGAAUGAAUGAUGUUUUAGGGGCUGGGGAUAAGAGAAGUGAGGAAAACCCACCUCACUUGCAUGGAGGAAUGUGCUGAUGGUCAGUGGGAAAAGGGAUGAGGUCAGAUAGUGGGGAGUAUGCUAAAGGGAAUAAGCCUGGUGGAGAAAUGGAGGUGGGAAGGACAGGGCAGAGGAGAUCGGAUGGCCACUCUGAGAAGCUGACAGCUGAGGAGAGCUUCAGUGGGUAAAAAGGGUCCCACUUUGCCAGCACGUUGUGAGGCUGGUGUUUUGGGUUGAUGUGGCGUAUAUGCAAAGGCCCCAAGUCCAGGAGGCACUUGUCCUGUUGGAAGUAUGGAAAUCAAGCCACUCAUCCCUGAAAUAUCCCUGAAAUGUAUUAACUCUAGAAAAUGUAUGGGUCACUUGACUUGAACAAUUCUGGAAUUUCUCCUGGAUGUUCUCCCCGGGAGAUUGUGCAAGGGGUUUUCCUCUGGCCUCUUGGUAUUUGUAUGAAUGCUUCGACUCUGCAAUAGAUGUAUUUCAGACAAAGACAGAGUUGCCACACCCAUUCUUUUCACGCAGGGCAACAGAUUUCUAAAAUUGGCUUAAUUCUGGCCUCCUGUAGAGCGUGGAACAAGAAACCUCAAAGAUAAUUUAAUCCAGCCUCUCGAAAAUGUGUUUGAUGUUGGAAAAUGCACAUUUUCAGGCCUGGAUGGACAGAUGCAGAAAACCUUGGGAGGGAAAAGUAGUUCUUGAGUUUUAAAUUUUAAACAAAAGCCCCAAGUGAUUUUUAGUAUAAGGGAGUUUAAAAAACACUGGUCUAUUCCAACCAUUCUUUUUUUUUUUUUUUCCCACAUUUGGAAAAGUGUUCCCAAAUAGUAUAAAGAAUUCCCAGGUAUUGGGGUGUCUGACUGGCUCAGUUGGUAGAGCACAGUUCUUGAUGUCAGGGUUGUAGGUUUGAGCCCCAUGUUGGGAGUAUAGAUUUCUUAAAAAUAAAAUCUUAAUGAAAAAGAGACUUGUCAAGUACUUUUCAUCCUUCCCCCUUUGGCAAUUUCUAUAACUCUCUUCUCCAACAGUGAGAAACAUGGCUCUUCUUAUCACAAUGUAUUAUUUUUCUCAAUCUUAGAAUGUACAGCAUGUCAUUUCAGAAUUACCAACCCAUGUCUGCAAAAAGACUUACUAAUUAGAAUUCGAUAUAUAUUUCAGGUUCCUUUUAUCUUGAGCCUGAGGGCAUAUGGUCUCAAUAGUCUAAAUUACUUGGGUUAGUUAUGGCCCAUUUAUGUGUAUGUUAUUCAUUUGAAAUAUGGUUUAGAUCAUUUGUUUCUUUUUGUAUCAAUUUUACAAGCCUCCCAUGCUCCCCCCCCCAAACUAAGCUUGCUGAUUUUAUUGUCUUUUGAGUCUGUAAAACAUUAACAUCCAAUCAUUCAUUUUCAGGCCUGGGGAGAGUCCCAGGGCCAGUGGAUGUGAGAUGAUGCUGCCACAGCUGAUGGGAGUCAACAGCUGGGCCUGGAAGAGAGUGUCCCAGUGUUGUGUGUGGGAAGGGCCAUAGGCGUCCUGUCUUCGUUGUACCACCCUCCCUCAAACACUCUAGGCUUUGGCAGUAUCUGGUCACUAGUAGUUAUAUGGUUCCCACAGCUGGACUCGUGUAGCUAGGUAUUUGAGUUAAUUACGGUUCCCAUCAGCUGAAGUGUCAGCCUCUCCCCUGUGUUUUGCAUAGGACCCUCUCAGUCCAGUUUAGCAGUUUCUUAUAAAGUCAAACUGACACUUAUGAUGAAACCAACCAUCCCACCAAGAGAAAUGAAAAUCCCUAUCUUCUUAAAGACCUUUAUGCAGAUAAUUAGACCGUAAUUGCCAAAGAGUAGGAAGAGCCUAAUUGUCCAUCAGCUGGUGGAUGGAUAAACUGUCAUGCGUUCAUACAAGGGAUUACUACUCAGCAGUAAAAAGGAACAUGUUGCUGAUACGUGCAAUGCAUGUGUGAAUCUCCAAAGCAUUUUGCCCAGCUAGAGAAGAGGCCUUCUGAAAAAGAGGAAACUCUAAAGGAGGAAGUCAGGAAAGUGGUUGCCGAGGGCUGGGGGUAUAGGAAGGUGAUGACCACAAAGGGGUAGCACAAAGAAGGCUUUGAAGUGUUGGGGGUAUUACACAUCUGACAGUGACGAUGGCUACAGGGUGCUGUGUUUGUCAAAUACAUAACAUACACUGCACAACUGAAAAGAGUAGAUUUUACUGGACCUAAAUUAUACUCCAUAACUUGACUUUAGUAGAAGACUCCCUGUUCUACUACCUCUCUGUCUACUACCGUCAUCCCUGGUGUGGAUCUCUAAGGGAAAGUGCAAAUCUUUUACUGGCUAUGGGGAACCCUUUGGGGGUAGAGAUAAGAAUGUGUUAGGUGGGGGCGCCUGGGUGGCUCAGUGGGUUGGAGCCUCUGCCUUCGGCUUGGGUCAUGAUCUCAGG